UUGUAUUUAGAUUUUUUGCUUGAAUCAGAUAAUACAUAGAUUGCUUUUUUUUUUUAGAGGGAACAAAUAAUACAUUGAUUAUAUAAUACUAUAAGAUGUACCCUAUUUGGUGAAGAGGGUACAUGCGCGGUGCUAAAGAAUCGCACCACAAACUCCAUUUUCAUGAAGAAAUAUAUCUGUUGGUGAGUAGUUGAGGCCACUAUCUUCUCAUAGCAGAAUUGAAGAAGUCGUUUCUCCACCCUCAUGGCUUCCCUACAGUCCUGUUUCCACAAAAUCAGUACUCUCCACCAAUUCCUUCCACCACACAACACCACCGAAAUCGCAAGAAACCUCACCUACUUCCCCACCAAAACAAAACAUCCAAUCUCAAUGAGGCGUUGCUCAAGUAUCUCAAGCAUAGAAAUCGAGGAAACCGAGGAGGAGGAGGAACACAGCCCCGAAGACCCCCGAGCACUCCACGAAAUCUGGCGGGAGAUCCAGGGCGAGAACAACUGGGAAGGCCUGCUCGACCCCAUGAAUUCCCAUCUCCGGCGAGAAAUCAUCCGCUACGGCGAAAUGGCUCAGUCUUGUUACGACUCCUUCGACUUCGACCCCCACUCCAAAUACUGCGGUACCUGCAAGUACCAAGGCUCUCACUUCUUCGAGCGCCUCGGCCUCGCCAGCCGCGGCUACACCCUCACCCGCUACCUCUACGCCACGUCCAACAUCAACUUACCCAACUUCUUCCAGAAAUCCAACAUCAGCAGUAUCUGGAGCCAGCACGCCAACUGGAUGGGCUACGUCGCCGUCGCCACCGACGAGGACGAGAUCCGCCGCCUGGGCCGCCGCGACAUCGUCAUCGCGUGGCGGGGCACCGUCACCUACCUGGAAUGGAUCCACGACCUCAAGGACAUCCUCCAGCCCGCCCACUUCCGCGACGACCCCUCCAUCAAGAUCGAGUCCGGCUUCUUCGAGCUCUACACCAGCAAAGAGAAAACCUGCAAGUUCUGCUCCUUCUCCGCCCGCGAGCAGGUCCUCGCGGAGCUGAGGCGGAUCGUGCACCGCUUCAGGGGCGAGGAGCUGAGCAUCACCAUCACCGGGCACAGCCUGGGCGCUGCGCUAGCCUUGCUCAGCGCCUACGACGUUGCCGAGGUGAAACUGAACGCCAUCGACGACGGGCAGGACAUCCUCGGCAACAUCCCCAUCACCGUCGUCUCCUUCUCCGGGCCGAGGGUGGGGAACCUCAAGUUCAAGGAGCGGUGCGACGAGCUGGGGAUCAAGGUGCUGAGAGUGGUGAACGUGCACGACAGGGUGCCGAAAGUUCCCGGGAUCAUAACAAACGAGAAGUUCCAAUACCAGAAAUACAUAGAGGAUAGGAUGUCGUUCCCGUGGAGCUACGCCCACGUAGGGGUGGAGUUAGCCCUAGACCAUACGCACUCUCCGUUUCUGAAGAAGACAAAUGACAUGAGAUGCGCGCACAAUCUGGAGGCGCAUCUGCACCUGUUAGAUGGGUACGAGGGCAAGGGAAAGAGGUUCCGAUCGGCGUCCAAGAGGGAUAUCGCGCUGGUGAACAAGAACUGCGACUUCUUGAAGCCGGAGUGCGGCGUGCCGCCGAAUUGGUGGCAGGACGAGCACAAGGGGAUGGUGAAGAGCAGCGACGGGCGGUGGGUGCUGCCGGACCGCCCGAGGAUCGAGUCCCAUCCGGCCGACACGGCCCACCACUUUGAGCAGGUCAUCAAGUACGCAAGGUCUCGGUGGGAGUUGUUUUAAUUUAGGCGUGAUGGAAUAAGUCAGCUCCACUCUCGGUAUUCCAUGGCUCAUGGCUGUGCUUUUCGAUCAUCACUUUGCUUUUAGCUGCACUAAUGUACGUAUGCUCGUGCUUGCGUAAAUUACGAGCUUAAUCUUACUUCAUCAAAGUAUGUAGCUAUUUGAGGAAAUUAAAUGACACUUCGUACUAUUGGGUUCA